AAAUUGCAAAAUAUAUAUAAACAAAAAUAUUAAAAAUGAGCGGAGCUCAUCGAGAAGCAGUUCAGAAGCAAAUUCAUCAGGAUUGGGCAAAUCGCGAGUAUAUUGAAGUUAUAACAGCAAGCAUCAAAAGAAUCACAGACUUUCUAAAUUCUUUUGAUAUGUCUUGCCGAUCUCGCCUGGCUGUACUCAAUGAGAAACUUACGAUAUUGGAGCGGCGAAUAGACUACUUGGAAGCUUGUGUGACCCAAGGAGAAACACUGACGUAAACGUUCCAAUAUACAAUAUAUGCAAAUACUAUUAAUAAGCAUUAUGUUAUAUUGUGACUCUGCGUAAAUAACAUCAUACAGUAUCAAUUUAUUCUUAUAACUAACCAUACAUUAAACAAACAAAUAUAAAAUUCAAAUGUG